AGUGAAUAGGUUUGCAGUUGGAUGGUACAAACCAUACUACUAAAACACCAUGUCGAUGACAAUUUUACCUUUAGAGUUAAUUGACAAAUGCGUUGGAUCAAACUUGUGGGUGAUUAUGAAGAGUGAGAGAGAAUUCGUUGGUACUUUAAUUGGUUUUGAUGAUUAUGUGAACAUCGUUUUGAGAGAUGUUACCGAACAUGACACGAUUCAUGGUACAACAGAAAAACAUUCGGAAAUGCUUUUGAAUGGAAAUGGGAUGUGCAUGUUGAUUCCUGGAGGCAAACCCGAAUAAAAAGCGUACGAACUAAAAUUAUUUGUGUUUCUAUGGAGACUAUGUAAUACGAGAUUAGUCUGAAGAAGUAGUUGAUGUGGAGAAUCCAUGAUUUUUGAAUUGGACGCUAAUGUAAGAGAAGAGUACGAGUGUGAGUAACGCAUUAAACGUCAAGAAAGAAACGUAUAAAUGUAAU